CGAGUACCGACUCGGCAGUUCAACGUGGACCUGAUUGAAAAAUGAAGAGGUCGGCCAGAUUGAUCUCCACGGUCGCGGAGGGUCUGAAGUCCCAGUUUGACGUGAUAGUGGUCGGUGGGGGGCAUGCCGGGGCGGAAGCCUCGGCGGCUGCUGCUCGCAUCGGUGCCAGGACCCUCUUGCUGACGCACCGAUUCUCGUCUAUAGGUGAAAUGUCCUGUAAUCCUUCAUUUGGGGGAAUUGGGAAAGGUCACCUGCUGAAGGAAGUGGAUGCUCUGGAUGGCAUUGCACCCCGAGCCUCUUCAGGAGAAGUUAUCAGGAGCAAGAGUGUUGUUCUGGCAACUGGAACAUUCUUGGAUGCUGAGCUCCACCUUGGGUUGAACAUUAGGCCCGGAGGUCGCAUUGGGGAUAAAGCUGCGACUGCCCUGGCCACAACCCUUCGUCGACUGGGAUUUCUCACUGCCAGACUGAAGACAGGGACACCCCCUCGUAUUGAUGGGAGUACUGUGAACUGGAAGAAAACCAAGGUUCACCCUCCAGAUUUUCCUGCAACGCCUUUCAGCUUUCUCAACUCUCGGGUUGCCAUACGGGAUAAGGAACAGCUGGACUGUCACAUGACCUGGACAACAGAGGAGGUGGAGCACAUUGUGCGGGAUAGUAUUCACUUGAACUGCCACGUGAAGGAGGAAGUGUCGGGCCCACGCUAUUGCCCCUCCAUCGAGUCCAAGGUGCUUCGUUUUGGUGGUCGGAGGCACCAGGUGUGGUUGGAGCCAGAGGGCUUUUGUUGCCGAGAGGUGUACCCACAAGGCCUGUCCUGCACUAUGCCAGAGGACUACCAGGUCCAACUUAUCCGUUCUAUUCCUGGCCUGGAGACUGCAAAGCUUCUCCGCCCUGGUGAUUCUUUCCCACUCUCCCUCCAGCUUUCAUAGUGCAAUGAGACCAUUGAAGAGGAAUAUUUCUCAGGGUAUGGGGUGGAGUAUGAGCACGUGGAUCCACGGGAGCUCUCGGGGACCCUUGAGACGCAGCGCCUCCCUUGCCUCUUCCUGGCAGGACAAGUGAAUGGGACAACUGGGUAUGAGGAAGCUGCUGCUCAGGGUAUCAUUGCUGGAGCAAAUGCUGCUCUCAAGGUGCUUGAACAAGGCGAGCUGAGGGUGUCCCGAUCAGAAGGGUAUGUUGGGGUGAUGGUUGAUGACCUAACCACACUGGGCACUUCUGAACCCUACCGUAUGUUCACCAGCCGUGCCGAGUUCCGGGUCUCCCUCCGGCCAGACAAUGCUGACCUCCGACUCACCCGCAAAGGACACAGAUUGGGUUUAGUGAGUGAGGAGCGAUACAAAAAAUUAUGUGAGACUGAAAAGUCCUUGAAGGACAUGACAGAGACCUUGAAGGGCAUAUCCCUCCCUCUUCAGACCUGGUACCGGCGACUCCAUCGGGAUCCUCCACCUGAGUCUUCACGGAAUGCCAAGCUCCAUGCUCACAAAAGUGCAUGGGAGAUGCUGGCACAUUGGGGGCUGGAUGACCUUGCCCAAGCCAUCCCAGAUCUCAAGGACAAACUGGACCCAGAUCCCCAGCUCCUCUUCAGAAUCCAGGUUGAAGGAACAUAUGAGUGGAUCAUUGAAACACAGAAGGAGGCCCUAUGUGAAGUGCGGGAGAAUGAGGCUCUUCGGCUUCCAAUGGAUCUUGACUACAGAAGCUUGAAUCUGAGCCUGUCUACAGAAGCUAGAGAGAAGUUGUCAACUGCCAAGCCUGCAUCAAUAGGAGCAGCUUGUCGAAUUCCAGGAGUUACCCCAGCAGCCAUUCUCAAUCUCCUCAGAUAUGUGCAGUGUUCUGCUCAAAUUUCCUGACCUCAUUAUGGGAGGAUGGUGAGAUGUUCUCUUGGAUUCUGUGGAGAAUAUCAUGCCUGCCAGACACCUUGUAGUUCUGCAAAAGGAGG